CGAUUCUCUCUUGGAUGUUAAUUUCUUGACUUGACCACUUUUGUAGCAUAAACCAUCUAGUUGUUCGUGCUACAUAGUCUCUGAUGGGUUUGCAUCUUACUACCCACAACCAAAAACCAAUGUUAUUAUUACUACUAUUGCUGAUUCACUCAUUGUUGAUCACUCAAUCCACGCCAUGCAGAACUUCUUGUGGUGACAUUCCCAUCGAAUACCCUUUUGGCAUUGACGAUGGGUGUGGAAGCCCAUACUACCGUUACAUCCUGGUUUGUUCCGACUCCGGAAAACUCCAAGUCAGAACCCCUUCUGGGAGAUACAAUGUUCACAAUGUUAGCUAUGCUGAUCCACACAUUCUAAUCACUGAUCCAUUCAUGUGGAACUGUGACGAUGGUGAGAAUUACCGUCCCACAAGGCCAUUCAGUUUGGACACCAGCACACGCUUCAAGCUUUCCCCUCAUAAUGAGUAUCUAUUCUUCAAUUGCAGUGAGGAUCAUGUGAUCGUUAAGCCAAAGCCAAUUUUCUGUGAGCGCUUCCCUGAGCGUUGUGACUCUUCGUGUGACAGUGGUAGUUAUCUCUGCAGGCACAUGCCAGGGUGCUCCUUUGCUAUGAGUGGUAGCUCUUGCUGCUCUUACUCUCCGAGAGCCACUGAAUCGUUGAGGUUGAUGCUCAAGUAUUGUACUAGUUAUACUAGUGUUUAUUGGAGAAACGUUGGUGCUCCUCAGCCUUAUGAUCAAGUUCCUGAAUAUGGGAUCAGAAUUGAUUUUGACAUUCCCGUAACUAGGCGCUGCCUUCAGUGCCAGGAUCCUUACAAAGGAGGUGGAACUUGUGGAUUUGACACUGGGACUCAGAGUUUCAUGUGCCUUUGUAAGGAAGGAAAUUCCACUACCCAUUGUAAAGAUUAUGAUGCAACACGGCACAACAGAAAGGUCCAUGUGAUUGCAGGGACAGUUAGCGGUGUUUCAGCUGCAGGGGCAUUUGGAAUUGGAGCUGGUAUUUGGUACUUGAAGAAAGUGAGAGCUAAAGCACCAGUAACAUGUGGAGUUCAAAGCAAUGAGAAUAGACUUUUUUGAAGAGGACCAAAGAACGUGAACUAUAUAAUUACGGAGUACAUCUUAAUUCCCCCCAGCUAUUAAGCUUAUUUAUUUAUACAAUAUUUAUAUAGAUAGGCCUUUUUUGCUUCCCAGUUGGCAUCUUUAUGUGAUGUUGGGUUGUAAUUCUCUCAAAUAUUGCAAGAAAGCACUUUGCUGCUUGGUCAUCUUCAACACUA